AUGAAUUCACCAUAUGCAUCCAAUCUCCACACCAAUUAUACCCCUACUGAAUCAGAAAUUCUCCAAAUCAAGGAGUUUUUAACCGAACCCCUUAAACGUUUAUCUAGCCUUGACGCUGAGAUCGAAAGGGUGCAAUCGAUUCUCGACGAUCUACAUCACGAGCGUCGUGCUCUGAGUGAUGAGAUCGAGGCCCAUCGAGCGCUGAUCUCUCCUAUUCGCCAACUCCCGCUCGACGUGCUCGGGGAGAUCUUCGUUCGUUGUCUCCCUGAAGGUUGCAAUGCCGUCAUGAGCUCUCAGGAAGCUCCACUUCUCCUGGGGCGCAUCUGUAGGGCGUGGAGGUCCAUCGCACUAUCGACCCCGCGGCUUUGGGAGAUCUCCAUUCAUUACAACAAGCCGGGCCAAAAUUAG